AUGUCUAACGGUGUGCACAUCUUCUUGCUGACGCUCUCAUUUGCUAUUUCCACUGCUGAAAAUGCUAGCGACGUGAAAUAUGCAACAGCUUUUCUGGAACGCUUCGGCUAUGCGGAUAAAAAUGCUAUCACUGAUUUAUCGUCAGCUCUUAUUCAGUUUCAAGAGAGAUACAAUCUUUCUGUCAGUGGAGAACUUGACGAAACAACGCUGAGCUUGAUCAAAAGAACACGGUGUGCGAUAAGAGAUAAUGAUUUUACAAUUCAUUCUAAAUGGAAUAAAACAAAUGUUCGUUGUUACUAUCCCCAAUCCAAUCAGAUACAGCGAAACGCUGCCAAGAAACCUUUCGAUAUGUGGGCGGGGAUAUCAAUGCUGAAAUUUGAACAGGUGCGACGACCUGCUUUGCAAAAACCCGAUAUCACCAUAACUUUUGGCAAUAACCGCCACUUUAUGCGAACAAACUGUCAAGGAAACACAGCAUGCCCCUUUAAUUUCGAUGGCCGCGGGACGGUACUAGCUCACACAUUUUUCCCCUCCGAAAACAAAGAUUGUCUGGAAAUACACUUUGAUUCUGAUGAAAACUGGUAUUUUGGGGUUGAGACACCUCCAGGUGACGGUCAAGUCAGCUUUUUGAUGGUAUUAGUUCAUGAGCUUGGACACGCUCUCGGAUUAGGACACAGCAGUGUCAAUACGGCUGUUAUGUAUCCCUGGUAUCAAGCUUAUCGAACGGAUUUUGAUGAAGACGAUAGAAUUGCAAUAGAGUAUUUGUAUGGGAAGAAAGAUGACCGAAUAUAUGCCAAGAUCCCGAGCUCAAUAACAACAACACCACAAAAUGCUACAGCUAUAUCGGUUACUUCAACCACGCCUAUGAUGAAAACAACUACACCGGUCAUGUUGCCGCAGUCACCUAUGUCGAUAAAACCACAAGCGAGUAGUCCGACGACGCCGAGAGAGCCACCAAAAUUGUGUGAAAUUCAAACACCCGACUUCAUGUUUUUAGCAAGAGCACCCCAAUUUCCUAAUUAUCGUCUGUACAUAGGGUAUAAGGAGUUUUUGUGGAAAAUAGAUUUGAACGAUAUGAAUACUCCUGCACAGUCGGAAGUACUUAACGAUUAUCUUCCGCCAUCGUUGAAAAACUCGCAGGUUUCUCAUGUCUUUCAAAAUUCUAGAGAUGGAAUGGUCAUUCUGAAUGAAGUGAAUGAGAAAUCUUUCAAGACUCUCAACGAUUUGGCAGAGAAGAUACUUCAAAGAAUGCUUUUCAUUUUCAAAAAAUAUUCUCGCUGUGAUUCAGUUUUUCUGGUAUUUGAUAAAUAUGAUAUCAAGGAUUCCAUAAAAGACAUGGAGAGACGUGGACAUCAUAAUCUAGGAAUAUUCAGUAUAACAGGAAGUCGACCAGUGCCAAACUACAGGAAUUUUCUGAAAUCAACACCAAAUAAAAUGACACUCAUAAAAUUUUUGAGCCAGUAUUUGAUGGAUUCCUUCAAGAGGCUACCAGGAGGAAAGUUUCUUUUCAUUGCUGGAGGAUCGAAAGAUGCCGAAUCAUGUUUUAAGGUCAGCUAUGCAUCAAUUGACGAAGACUCUAUGUCACGGUGCAACCAUAAAGAAGCUGACACCCGUUUAAUAUUCCGAAUAAUAACUUCCAUCGAAGAAAAUAGUUCUGUUAUUAUAAACACGGACGAUACUGACGUGCUAGUCCUUCUUUCAUAUUAUCAUUGGAAUAACGAAGUAAUGGACAGUUCUGAAUUUUUCAUGGAAACUGGACACUAG